AAUUCUUAAUUCCUAAAACCACGAAAAAUCCACAUCAACGUCAAAUAACUUUUACUACAUCACCUAUUUACGCCGAAUACCAAGUACAAAACAUCCAGAUAAUUUUGCGAAAAUGGCCUCUAAGAACAGAGAUUGGGCCGACGACGACGAAGGCGACGAGGUCACCGUCGAACUACCCCCUCCCCAAACCAUCCAGAACAAAGACGGCACCAAGACCACCAUCACAUACCGAUACAAUGAGAACGGACAAAAAGUAAAGACGACCCGACGCAUCCGCCUUGUCACACACCGCGAAGUCGUAAACCCGCGUGUCGCCGAGCGCAAGACAUGGAAUAAAUUCGGACUUUCCGAGAAGGACAGCGCGGGCCCGCAGAUGGACACCACCUCAGUCGGCGAGAACAUCAUCUUCCGACUCAGCACGAACUGGCGCAAGGAUACCAAGGACGAGGCCAAGGAUGUCAACGCCAACGCUAUGAAAGAGAAGCUCAAGGACAAGACCGUCAAGUGUCGUAUUUGCAACGGCGAACAUUUCACGGCUCGUUGUCCUUACAAGGAUACUAUGGCGCCGGUUGGUGCCGAGGGUGGAAGCGCGGAUGUCGCUGCGGGUAUGGGCGAUGAGCCUACGCCUAAUGCUACGGGUGCCGCGGGUGCGGGUAAGAAGGGCAGUUAUGUUCCCCCCGCGCUGCGUGGAGAUCGUGGUGCUGCUGGUGGCGAGCGGAUGGGCGGUGCUGGUGGCAAGUAUGGCGAAAGGGACGACUUUGCUACACUGCGUGUCACGAACGUCUCCGAGAUGGCCGAAGAAAACGAGUUACGCGACAUGUUCGAGCGCUUCGGUCGCGUUACGCGCGUGUUCUUGGCCAAGGACCGCGAGACAGGAAUGGCCAAGGGUUUUGCGUUUAUCAGCUUUGCGGACCGCAACGAUGCUGUCAAGGCUUGCAACAAGAUGGAUGGUUACGGUUUCAAGCAUCUUAUCUUGCGUGUUGAGUUCGCUAAGAAGGCUGCUUAGAAAUCAACUUUUCGUUAAGAAUGAUGGUUACGAUAGGAGAGUGAUGCACACACAAGGUUAUGUUGUGUGGUAGAUUAAUCACCCGGAAUAGGUACAUAGAAUGCAUUUUAGGUACGAUAGGACAGGACGAUGGCGUCUCGUCUAUUUAGUAUCGAUCAAGUCGCAGGGAGAGAAUCCCUUGAGAUGAAUGCAUAUCAUUUCUUUUGACAA